AUGGAUAAAAGUGUGGUGAUGGCGGGUCUGGCGGGAAUUUGUGGCGCAACUGGCGCGAUUUCCGGAAAACUCGCUUUCGAUGGCGGAUUCGACCAAAUCACCGUGAGUUUUUGAAAGAAAGUUUGGAAAAGCGCGGGAAUUUCGAAUUUCCAGACUUUCUCUUGCCUCGCAGUCUUCAUUGUGGCAAAUAUUGCGAUGUGGGCAACGUACACAAGAUCUUUAGCACUUUCAACAUCCACUUCCACACCGCUUCUCAUCAAUAUGUCUUUCAAUUUCGCUGUAACGGUAUGAUUUUCAAUGAAAUAUAUGUUUUCUAGUGGAUUUCGACGAACUCAAUGAGCUAUGACUUGGCAAAACUCAUCAGGCAGUUGAGAUUUGCAAUUUUGGACCACAAGAUCAGCCAAAAUUCUCUAGAAAUUCGAAAUUUUGCAGGGAAUUAUGGGGAAGUUGGUGUUCAACGAAUCGCACAGUGAAAUCUGGUGGUUUUUCCUGAGUCUUCUCAUUUUGGGUCUUGUAAUGUUGCUAGGCGAUUCAUCAAAAACCGACGAGGAGAAAAACGAUUAA